AUGGACGCGCCGGCAAAUAAAAUUGUUUUCAUAGCUUUUCCAAACAAAACCACUUGGGUCGCGAUGCAGGAGUUCUUCAGCGUGUUGCUGCCGGAUGUGAAGCGAGAGCUGCGCCGCGGGAUCAUCGAGUGCUCGAAGCGGGGCCUGCUGCACAGCACCAAGUGGCUGACGGAGAUGCACCACGGACUGGGCGAUGUGCAGAUAGAUAAUGAAGCCCCCGACGAGGAUCGCACGUUCAGCGAGUGCCAGCUGGAGGGGAUUGCGCCCGCGGAGUACAGCGACUACUUCCUGGCCAAGAGCUACUACGAUGUGAGGGAAUACGACAGGGCAGCACAUGCGGUGCGGAACUGCGAAUCCAGUGUGCCGCGCUUCCUGCACUUCUACUCCACCUACAUGGCCAGGGAAAAGCGGCGGCUGGACUCCACCACCGACCAGGCGAAUCUCCACGAGCCGAAUCAGAUGCGCGAUCUCGCGGAUUUGCUGGCCACCUUGCGCAUGGAGUAUGGAAAGAGUCGGCUGGACGGCUAUGGCAUCUAUUUGUAUGGUGUCGUCUUGAAGGCACUGAAUCUCAACCAGGCCGCCGAGCAAAUGCUCAUCCAGGCCAUCCGACUGGUGCCCAUGCUGUGGAGCGCCUACCUGGAACUCUCGCCCUUGAUCAUGGAGAAAAAGAAGCUGCUCGGCCUGCAGCUGGGUGGCCACUGGAUGCGGCACUUCUUCAUGGCGCACACCUACCUGGAGUUGUACCUCAACGACGACGGUCUGAAGAUCUACGAGGAUCUGCAGGCCUCGGGAUUCAGCAAGAGCAUCUACUUGAUUGCCCAGAUGGCCCUCGUCUAUCACAACAAGCGGGAUGUGGACAAGGCGAUCGAACUGUACCAGGCGCUGCUCGAAAGCGAUCCCUAUCGACUGGACAACGUAGACACGUACUCCAACCUGCUGUUCGUCAAGGAAAUGAAGACCGAGAUGGCCCAGUUGGCCCACAAGGCGGUGAGCAUCAACAAGUAUCGCCCGGAGACGUGUUGUGUGAUAGGCAACUACUACAGCAUCCGCUGUGAUCACCAGGUGGCCAUUUCCUACUUCCAGCGUGCCCUCAAACUGAAUCCCAAGUAUUUGGCCGCCUGGACCCUGAUGGGUCACGAGUUCAUGGAGCUAAAAAACACAAAUGCAGCCAUACAGAGCUAUCGCAAGGCAGUGGAGGUCAACAAGCGCGACUAUCGCGCCUGGUACGGCCUGGGCCAGGCCUACGAGAUCAUCAAGAUGCACUACUACAGCUUGUACUACUUUAAAAUCGCACACCAACUGCGUCCCUACGACUCGCGCAUGCUGGUUGCCUUGGGCGAGACGUACGAGAAGCUGGACAAGUGCGAGAACGCAGUAAAGUGCUACUGGAAGGCCAUCGAUGUGGGUGAUAUAGAGGGCAUAGCCAUGUACAAGCUGGCCAAUCUGCACGAGAAGCUGGGCGACCACGAGACGGCGGUCCAUUGCUACAUCAUGUACUGCGAGGACGAACGGGCGGCCACCGAUAAGCAGAGUCUCUACCAAGGCUUCAUAACGCUUGCGAAUUAUUACGAGAAAAAGGGCGAAUACGAGAGGGCCGCCUAUUAUGCUUACAAAUGUCUGGACUCUGAUGAUCGCAAAACAGAGGCCAAGGCCUUGCUAAAAACAAUCGACUGGAAGCGCAACGCCGAGGGUCAGAAGAAAACCAAAACAUCUACGGCCGUGGCAAAUGCAGAGACCAGUUCCGAGGACGAGAUGGAGUGGGAGCUGCAGGAUGUGCGUGUGCGAGUGCCCUUCACCUCAAUUGCAAGCACGACGACCACCACGACUGCCACUUCUGUUGCGGGCAGCUCGAGCAGUUCCUCGAUCAGCUUGCGACCGGGUCGAAACUUGCUCGAGGGAAUGCGUCGAUCGCAGGCGAACAGGACGAGCUUAACUACGGCUGGUAGCAGUACCACAACCACAACGGCAACUGCAGUCACAACGGCCACUGAGGAGACGCCUGGCACAUCCAGCGGCACUGCAAAUCCACCCGAACAGCCGCCCUCGGAUGAUAACAGCUCAAUGGAAAUAUCCAGCGUGUCCAUCGAUUAGUCAAAUUCGCAUAAAUUGUAUAAAUUUCUAUUUGUUUUUUAUGAAUUCUGUUGGCUAACUAAGUUAAUAUACGUAUGAACUAGUCGGUA